CCACCGGAGUAUGAGGGACCAGAUGAAAGAAGACCCUGCCCCUUUAAUGGGAAAGGGAGGUUUCCCGGAGUGGCAACACGGUACUGUUGAAUCGGGUUGGAAUUCAGACAGAGUGGACAGACCCUUUAAAAUUCUGGCGACCGGAUUUCUAAAGAAGUGCUCGUUGUCCCCUGGAACCGCAGCAGUCAAUCCUGUCGUUUGCAGCGCCUGCGAUGGAGGUGGGACGCUGCCCCUUUAAGCGGCUGCUUUCUUUUCCGGCAGCUCCUAGGAAAACAAGGGGCCCCGUCUUUACAUUUCCUCCAAUCAGCCCUCUUCCAGAAGGCGGCGACUGAUUCCCAGUGACACAGACGCGGUGAGCGGACAGUUGGCCACUUUGAUCAGUAAAGCCGUUCCCAACAGGCACCAUGAAACGCCACGAUCCCCGCGGGACGAGUAGUCCCGAAUAGGAGGAGGUGACUCCCCGUUCUGCAUACUGGGCAGCAAUGGAGCUGAGGAAGAGAAGGUGAGGUGAGGCACCCGACAACUUCGGUGAUCCUCUGGUACAGGUUUUGUGUAUGGACACAGGACUCCAAGAUGUUAACUGUUAAGUUGCCCCACUUAUUAAGCAAUCACCAAGUACCCAAAGUUUUCCGAGAGGAUGGAAUUGUGAGCGGCUACCGUAACCCACAGAGCUCUGCCAAGGACUGCCUCCUUAGCACCUUCCAAAUGACGAACGAGACGCUCAACAUCUGGACCCAUUUCCUCCCCACCUGGUACUUUCUGUGGCGGCUGCUGGUGCUGUGGCACUCCGUGGACUUCUGCAACGAGCCGUAUGCCUGGCCCCUUCUCGUCUACCUGUGCGUCAGCUGCCUCUACCCUUUCACCUCCAGCUGUGCCCACACCUUCAGCACCAUGUCUGCUCACGCACGGCACGUAUGUUACUUCUUCGACUAUGGAGCCCUCAGCCUAUACAGCCUGGGCUGUGCUAUCACCUACCGGGCCUACGUAAUGGCAGACAGUUGGAUUAAUAAUGCCCUGCACUCCUGCUUUGUCCCCGUCGCUGCCUUCAACUCCCUGCUUUGCACAACACUCUCCUGUUACUCCAGGUUCCUGGAGGUCGAGCAGCCCAGACUCAGUAAGACCUUCCGGCUCACAGCUUUCACCUACCCUUUUCUGUUCGACAACCUGCCGCUCUUCCACAGGCUCUUCCUCUGCUGGGGUGAGGACUGCAGCCACAACACCUCCGUACCCACUCACUACUGCCACUUGCUGUUCGCUUUCCUCACCUUCUUCCUCUUUGCCUCCCACCUGCCCGAACGCCUGGCUCCUGGCUGCUUCGAUUAUAUCGGUCACAGUCACCAGCUUUUCCAUAUCUGCGCGGUGGCCGGCACCCACUUCCAGCUGGAGGCCAUCAUCACCGACAUGGGCUGCCGUCGGAGCUGGCUCCUGGCCAACGCCCCACUCCCCUCGUUGGCGGGGACCCUGGGGGUGACCUUGGCUGCCCUGCUCCUCAACCUCCUGGUCAUCUCCUUUUUCAUCGGCCUGCUGGCCCUGGUGCCUGGUUCCUCUCCCUUUCUCCUCAGCGCCCUAUCUGAGCAGGUCAAGUCAAGGACGGACUGAGUUGAGAGCGAAGGUGAGGGGAACGGUGGACAGUGACCACACAUCCUCCCACUUCUCCUUGGGAUGGCAUCAUGGAGUUCGGCGGGAGUUCAGCCCGACCGUGCAGUGAUACGACAGGACAGCGCCUGCGAUCCGAGUUCAUUUCCUGCCGCUGUCUGAAAGGACUUUGUAUGUUCUCCUCGUGAACGUGUGGGUUUCCUUCGGAUGCUCUUGUUUCCUCCCACAUUCCAAAGACGUACAAGUUGGUGUUAGUAAGUUGUGGGCAUGCUACACUAGUGCGGUAAGCCUGUCGACAUUUGCACAUCCUCAGACUGUUCUGGUCCUUGAAACCAUCGAUGCAUUUCACUGUAUGUUUCGAAAUACAGAACAUGUGACAAAUAACACUAAUAUUUUUCCUUCUCAAUCUCCAACACCGGGGCACUGUCGGAUGUCCAGCCACAUUUAAUUGCUUGCUUGCGAAAGAUUUUUUCAUUGAUGCCAAUCAGCCACUGUGUAACGGGGGCUUGAUAAUGGACUUCUGACCUUCCCCGUCCUCCCUCAGAGAUCAGCGAGCGUUGUGGUACAGAGCUGGCGUGUUCCAAAUGAAGAUAAAGGUAAAGAUAAAGAAUGUUCUGCUUUUCAUUCCCUUCAAAACUCCUCAACAAGUGAAGCAGUCCAUUGCUGCAUGUAGUAAGGCCUGGACUGCAGUCAAGACUGACCUCGAAAGUAUCAUAUAACAUUUGUAUCUCAAAUAUGCCAGACUCUGCCCAUCUCCAACACAGUCUGAACGUGUGCUGGGGGCAGCCCGCAAGUGUCACCAUCGCAUGCCCACUACUUACUAACCCUAACCUAGAAAACCAUAAGAUAUAGGAGCAGAAGUAGGCCAUUCAGUCAUGGGCUGAUCCAAUUCUUCCAGUCAUCCCUACUCCCCUGCUUUCACCCCAUACCCUUUGAUGCCCUGUAUGGCUUUAGAACGCGGGAGGUAACUGUAGAACCCGAGAGAACGCACACGGUCAUGGGAAGAACGUACAAGCUCCUUACAAGUAGCGAUGGAAAUUGAACCUUGGAUCACAAGCGCUAGAAAACUUUACCCUAACCAUUAGAGCACAAUACCCCUGAAUGGUUAGGAACACGUUGGAAGUGCGGCGUGUUCUCUUUCUCUUGCACCUUAUUUUGGAACGACUGUGUCAGGUUCUAAAGAAGUUCCCCCUUCCUAGAGCCUACAAUCCCCUUGGAACCCGGGGCAGGCCUGGAGAUGGGGCGCCACGGUAGCGCAGCGGUUAGCACGGCACUAUUACAGCUCCGGACGUCGGAGUUCGGAGUUCAAUUCCGGCACCGUCUGUAAGGAGUUUGUAAGAUAUUCGCGCUGCCGCGCGGGGUACUUCCAACUGCUCUGGUUACGUCCCGCAUUCCAAAGGCGUACCAGUUAAUAAUUUAAUUGAUCAUUGUAAAUUAUUCUGUGAUUGGGCUAGGGUUAAAUAGGUGGGUGCAGCUCGAAGGGUCUGCCUGACGCCGCCCAUAGCCCCUCUCCCCCAACACCACCACCGGGCAGAUCUGAGCAGAACAACACACACAAAAUGCUGGAAGAACCAGGCAGGUUAGACAGCAUCUUUCUUAAAUCCAACUAUUGAACACUGGAGCUUGUCGGGAAAUUUAGAAGAGGCUUCACACAAAGACAGAACAGCAGAGACAAUUCUGCGAUAAACGAUAACUUUAAUAGGAGAGUGUGAAAAUAAGAAGGUACGAGGGUCCACAAAACGAGAGAGCAGUUACUAAACACGACCGGUAACAAGGUAACUGAAGGGUAGGAGCGACUGGUUGAGGCUGUCUGGCUCGAUGGGUGAACAAAGGACUGUGGAUGCGAGCUGGUUUGAAAUGGGCUACAUGUGAUGAGUUGGAAACGAAUGGUAGGCGACUCCUCUUAGCUGGGUUGAGACAAGUCGUCGCCUGCCUAUUCUGGACUGACAGAGUUAGAAUGCUAUGUUGAAGUUGUAUAAAACGUUGCUGAGAUCUAAUUUGGAGUGCUGUAUGCAGUUCUGGACACGUACUAACAGGAUAGAUAUCAAUAAAAUUGAAAGAAUGCACAGAGGUUUUACAAGGAUGUUGCCGGGUCUAGAGAACCUGAGUUUCAUGAAAAGGUAUUCAAUGACUCUAUGGAGGAGAAUGAACAGUGGGUGCUUCGAACACCUUCUCUUCUUGUUUACAAGAGUUUAUUCAAAUGUUUAUACAGAUUUUUCCCAGGGUUGGGGAAUUAAGAGUCAGACGGCACGGACUAAGGUGCAAGGGGAAAGAUUUUAAGGGGACUUAUUCACUCAGCGAGUGGUCAGUAUAUGGAACGAACUGCCUGAGUGAGCGGUUGCAGCAGAUACAGCAGUUAAAAGGCAGUAGGACAGGUACGUGGAUCGGAAAGGUUUAGAAAUAUGGGCCAAACGUAGGCCAAUGGGACUAGCCUAGAUGGUCACUUUGGCUGGCAGGAAUGAGUUGGGUCAAAGGGCCUGUUUCCACGCUGUGUGUCUCGAUGAAUCUAUGAUCACACAGUGCGUGAGGAAAUAAGGAUCUGAGUCAGGUUUAUUAUCAGUCACGUAAGUCAUUAGAUGUCUUGUUUUGCGGUAGCACAACAAUGCAAGACAUUUAAAAUACUGUAAGUUACCAUGGGAAUACAUAAUGCAAAAAAGAGACAAAAAUGUUGUCCUAAUACUCUUCGGUUUAUGGACUGUUCAGAUACCUCUUGUCGGAGGAAAAGCUGUUCCUGAAACGCAAGUUGUCCAUUCCCCAGUCAGGAUGAAGGGUCUCCGUCCAAAACAUCGAGUUUAUUCCCCUCCAUAAGUGCUACCUGGUCUGCUGAGUUCCUCCAGGGUUAGGUGUGUGUUGCUCUAGAUUUCCAGCAUCUGCAGAAUCUCUUCAGCUUCGGCUCUGGGCAGAGUUGCGUUCCAGUUAAACGAGUCAAUCCUUUAGCAGCUUGUUAUGCUCACAGUCUCCCAAUCGCCCGGAGCCGAUGUCACAGACGGAGAGGGCUGUGACCGCGUAUGCAUGCAUCUAUACUCCGUUCCUCAUCCUCCCCCACUGUAACCUCCUACCUCUGCCUGGGUGCCUUAUCAACUGUACAGUGCCCUUCUGUCUGAAGAAAAAAAGAACAUCUUAACUCUCAUUUCCUUUGAUAACAAGUAAACCUCUCUCAAAACAAUGCUGCUUAUCCCCAGCGUUAUCUGAGCUUUUAAACUGGAUGUGCAGAUGUUUUAACAGUACAUUUGUUAAAUGCCUUCUAAAGCAAUAUUUGUAUAGAUUGUCUUUAUUCACAACUCAAAGUUUAAAGUAAAUUUAUUAUCAAAAUACGGAUAUGGCACCUUCAGAUUUAUUUUCUUGCGGACAUUUGCAGUAAAACAAAUACAAUUAGAAUCGGUGAGAAGCUGCACACAAAGGCUGAUAACCAAUGUGCAAGAGAAGAUAAACUUGCAAAUAUUAAAUAUAUAGACAGAUAAAUAACAUUGAGAACCAGUUGUGGGGAGCUUUGAAAGUGAUUUCAACCUUCAAAGUUCAAAACAAAAUUUAUUAUAAGAAUACAAACACAUGAUCACACACAACCCUGAGAUUCUUUUUUCCUGCAGGAAUACUUAGCAAAUCUAUAGAACGGUAACUGUAAACAGGAUCAAUGAGCAACAAGCUGUACAGACGGAAAUAUAAAUAAAUAGCAAUAAAUAAUGAGAGCAUGAAAUAACAAGAUAAAGAAUCCUUAAAGUGAAACCAUUGGCUGUGGAAAUAUCUGAAAUAGAAUGAGUGUACUUAUCCUUUUUUGUUCAAGACUCUGAUGGUUCAGGGUGAGUAACUUCUCUUCAACUGCUCUUAAGUCCAUAGGUUGUGGAAUCAACUCGGUAUUGAAGUGAGUGAAGUUAUCCACUCUGUUCAGGAGCCUGAUGGUUGUAGGGUAAUAAUUGUUCCUGAACCUGGUGGUGUAUGUCCUAAUGCCCCUGUACCUCCUUCCCGAUGACACCCAGGGCAUUAUGAUAAUAGUUUGGUCAGCUCCCACCUCGGCGCACCUGGAGACAGCAGCAGUGACCGAUACAAAUGUCGUAUCGUGUAAAAAUAAUAUUCAGUCGAAGAAUUCUAAUGAAAAAAUAUGUAGACUAUUCUCUACACGGGGAGAAAAAUCCAAAAAUCUGAGAUGCAAAGGGACUUGGCAGUCCUUGUGCAGAACACCUUAAAGAUUAACUUGCAUGUUGAGUUGGUGGUGAGGAAGGCAAAUACAACGUUAGCAUUCAUUUCAAGAGGGCGUAAAUACAAGAG